GUUUCCCGGAUAGUCGCCUGGCUAUCACCCGGGAUGUACCAAGUCCCUCGUCACGCGCGGCAAAAAUUGUUCUGGUUUUUAUGUUUCGUCCUUGUUUCCAUAUCUUGGGGAUUUGUAUUCUGGACAGGAGCUGUAAUAGUUAAGCGAAACUUAGAGUCCAACCGAUAAAAUAUCAUUCUUAAUUUUCAAGUUGUUGAAUGGAACUCAUUGAUCCCCAAAAUCCUAGGCUUUUAACAAAUCUCGAAGUUCUGAAGCUUAUCAAAGAUAAACUUGAAUCUAAAAAGAAAGUCAGGCGCCAGCAAACGCUAUUGUAUACGGGCGCAAAGUAUUUAAAUACCAAAUCACCUUGUAGCAAACAGGAAGAAUCAGGAGUACAGGGAUUUGCUAAUGAUGUCAAGGUAUUUAAUUUAACAAAAUCUGAGAUUCUCAUGCUUAUCAAUCACUGUCCCAGUAGUCAAGUGGAGCUAUCGGUAAUAUACGUUCUCACCGCUAAAUGUAAUGUCAUUUGUUUUUGUGUACAUGUUACUACUAAAAAUAGAUAUUCUACUACAGUCAAGCUUCUGUACAUUCCUUUUGAAGAUAGUUCCGUCGAACGUCUUUGUAAACCAUUCGGGGGUAACUGUCGAUAUUGUUAUUUGUGGUUGACAGCUAUUGGCACCCGAUUACACAUCUCAAUUUAUUCUCCAAAGCUUAAAUUCAGUCACGUAAUAUAAAGCGUCAUUUCAAAGAUAGUGACUUUUUUGGAGCACCCUUGUAUAAUUUUGCAGAAUCGUCUACAACAGAAGUAUUGGGUUGACUAAAAUAGUACUGUAAUUAUUCUCAUAACUCCAGUUACUCACUCACAUGUAACUUAGUUUUUCAAACACAAAUCUAGUGCAGCAUUGUUUGUUUAUCAUCGGUUGCCCCAGCAAACUUUUACAGUAUCUCCAGUCAAUAUAAAUAUUAUGUAGGUUGGUUUUAGUCAUAGUCACCAGCUAUAUUUUUCAGCCACUCUUAAUUGGUGUGCUUCGUCGAGCUCAAUUAAUUGUAAAUAGUAUCCAAGUCGGUCUAAAACUAAUCAUAUGAAGUGAAGAGUUUGGUUUCUAAUCAUUUUAUAAUGGAUUAGGUUGUGUGAUUUUAUGGACGGCAUUUCCCGUCUGGUGCUUGCGUUUGUUUGACUAUGAACUAUAAUUUGUGCACUUAUUAUAUGACAGCUGCAAUAAGUAGAUUGGUGUAAAGUAUUUGACUGUUUCUCGAAUACUUGGUGAACUAAAAUGUCAUUCCACUAUCCACAUAUUUACCUAAAUAAGAUGCGUUUUCAAACAAGGUGGUUGAUUUAUUUCCAUCUAUAGCCUUAAUAGUUAAGGUAAAGAUACUCAGUGAUCGUGUUUGAUCAUCUGUUUCUUAAAAAUUGCUUCGCUUAUAACAGCUUGUAACGUUGGUGAUGGUCUAAAAAAUAUGAGUCGCUGACACCUCUUAUGUUGUCUACGUGAUUUCCAUAUGAAACUCUCAUGAUACUAAGAUUAGUUGAGAAAGGCAGUCAGUUUGUCAGCGGCCGUCUUAGUGGAGCUGUAUUUUAUGCUCUUCAGGGUCAGUAAGGCAUAUCUUUGGGGAGAAACGAAACCUAUCGUGGAUAUUUAUGAGUUAUUUCCUUAUUUUUUCAAUAAUGCUAGGUGAUUAUCCACUUUCAUUUAUUCACAUAGUUUUCAUGUUAUUUUGUAUUGUGUUUUUCAUGAUACCUAACUUUAAUAAGCCUUUGAAGUAAAGUAGGUCUAAGUAUUUGCGCUAUUUAUGAUGAGUUAGUCGAAAAAUAUUUUGUGUAUUAAUAUAGGUGUACCAUAUAGUCCAACUGAAAAGCACUAUUUUUACUCCACAACUCCUUCAGUUCAUUUCAAAGCGUACCAGUAUAAACCCACAAUUACACGAAGCAAGUAUAUAGUGCGUAAUAGAUGGAAUGAGAGAAUCAAUCUACUGAGAAUGACACGAUGUUUUCAAUUCUCACUUCGUUUCAGUGACGAAAAUUUUUUUGGAACAUGGAUCGACAAAUGUUGUCUUCAUAGUCUUAUCAAUGUUUGCUUCAAGGGCCUAGUCUCGACUGUGUAUAUCAGGAAUUUCUGGAAAAUUAUUUCCACUGUGGAAGAUAUUUAGUUAGAUUACAGUCAAUAUUUUUCUUGGUUUUGAUUUCUCGGUUUUAAUGUAAAAACCGGCGUGUUUAAUACUGUGUUGGAGUCAGCAGAUUGUUGAUUACAUUUAUCUGGAUUUCUGUUGUAGAUAAUCAGUGAUUUGGAUUCUCGAUUAUCUAACAGUCAAACUGACCAACUCUUACAAUUAGUAGAAAAGCAUUUCCCCGAUGGUGUUACUGCAAGUCAAAUGAUCAAUUCCACUGGUACAUUAGAGGCACCUGAAGAUAUCACAUAAUUAUUACUACUUAUAUUUAUCUCCCAUCCUAACAAAAAUACAUUUUAUUAGUCUUUC